CCCGGCCGUGUUUAUUGGACCACGCUGCCUGGGGAGACCUUCCCCACGGGUCAGCGCAGCCUGGGGUGCCCGGGUGCUCCCCUCCGCCAGCCACUGGCGCUGCCGCCACCUCCCGCAGCGCAGUGGCUGCCUGGCCGGGACUGGCCGGGCUCCCGGCGCCGGCCCGUCCGGAGCCACCGCCCGCCCGCGGGGCCAUGAGGCGGCCGCGCAGCGCGGUGGGGGCCCGUGGGGCUGCAGCAUGAGCGGGUCCUGCCUGGGGCUCCGCAAGGCCUGCUUCCUACUGUCCGUCAGCGCUGCCGCCCUCCUGCUCCUCUUGCUGCCGCGGGGGCAGCCCCCCGCCGCGCCCCGUCGUCGCCCGCCGCCCGCCGCUGGGCCUAGUGGCCCACCGCUGCAGCGGGCGGGCCCCGGAGGAAGCGGCGUGCACGGCACACGGGCGGGCUCUCGCGGGGAGCCGAGCGGCGGGCUGGGGGCCGUGGUGGGCGGCCGGGGCGGAGGCCUUACUGCCAGCCCGCAGCCUGUGCUGAAGAGCCGCCUUAGGCCAGCCGGGGGCUCGGCCAGGGAGAGUCUGGAGCUGAAGGACAUCUUCAUUGCGGUGAAGACCACAAGGAAGUACCACAAGAGCCGGCUGGACUUGCUUCUCCAAACCUGGAUCUCCCAGGCGAGGGGACAGACCUUUAUAUUCACAGACUGGGAGGACCGGGAGCUGCGCCUGAAAGCAGGGGAUCAUAUGAUCAACACCAACUGUUCUGCUGUCCAUACCCGGCAAGCUCUCUGCUGCAAGAUGUCUGUGGAAUAUGAUAAAUUCCUGGAAUCUGGGCAAAAAUGGUUUUGCCAUGUGGAUGAUGACAACUACGUGAACCCUCGGACACUCCUGCGCCUCUUAUCUGCCUUCUCUCACAGCCAGGAUGUCUAUGUGGGGCGACCAAGCCUGGACCAUCCCAUUGAAGCAGCUGACCAUGUCCAAAGUGAUGGAUCAAAGACAACUGUGAAAUUCUGGUUUGCCACAGGUGGAGCAGGAUUCUGCAUCAGCAGAGGUCUUGCCCUGAAGAUGAGUCCCUGGGCCAGCCUGGGUAAUUUCAUCAGCACUGCAGAAAGAGUGCGUCUCCCUGACGACUGCACGAUUGGCUACAUCAUUGAAGGGCUGCUGGAGGUAAAGCUCCUGCACAGCCCCUUGUUCCAUUCCCAUCUGGAAAACCUGCAGAGACUACAAGGCGAGUCUGUGCUGCAGCAGGUAACCCUAAGUUAUGGGGACCCUGAAAACAAGCACAAUGUUGUGAGUGUGGGAGGAGUGUUUGGCCUUCAGCAAGAUCCAACACGAUUUAAAUCUGUCCAUUGUCUGCUCUAUCCUGAUACUAUUUGGUGCCCUGCUAAGAAGAGUCGUAAUUCUUGACUGGAUGCUGACACCUGUUUACCUUCCCUAGUUCGCAUAAGACAGGAGGCACGGUGGACUCUUGGUGUAUUUCUUUCUUUUACUGGGAAACAACCAGAGGUAUCUACAAAGAAGGCAGACCGACUCCAUUUGCAAAAGCAAGGUGGUGUCCUUUGUUCAGCUGCAGCCUGGGACAUGCCAAGAAGAAUCCUUGUUCUUUUGUGCAGUGGCUCUUCAUGUCAUGACCACAGUCACGUGUAGAAGUCACUUCACGCUGUGGUCGGAUGUCACGUGAGUCGGUGCUUGGACACAUCCUAGGCAAAUGCAGUACUUGGAAUGAUAGCAUUUUUACUACUGUUAGGGGCUUUUAGAGGCCAUUGUCCUGGAGCUGGAGUGCUAUAGCAGACUGUAGUCCCCAUGGUGACAAGAGAGGGGAAGCUUUCACUCAUCUUUCUUGGGAACAGAAUGAUUUAAGAGCUGCUGUGGCCUGCCAUAUUAAAACUGCACCCAUGGGCCAGAACAGGGUCUGUUUGUAACCCCCCUGAAGUCCUGGAAUCACUAGGGUGAAGAAGGCUGAAAGCCUUUGUCAUGGGGAAAACCCUGUGGAGGGGUAAAGCUUACUGAGGACUGGAUAAGAGUUGCUUACAGUGCACAUUCUCCCAUGUAGUCCUUGUGUGCCUCCCGUGGAGGUGAUUGUCAGAUUUGGCUCCCUUUCCAGCUGAAUUGCAGUGGUGGCUGAUUAUAAUGAUGGUCUGCCAGGUCCAAGACUAUUCCCUUGAUAUUUGAUACUGAAGAAAUAUUUGCCAGACUGGAUGGUAACCACAUCUCCUACUUUGCCCACAGCAGGUUGUAUGAGCUAGAGCAUACUUGCUGGCUGAUGAAACCUGCCCUGUUUCUGGAUCUUUUGCUGUCUGUGAGGGAGGAGGAGUGCUAGAUAGCUGUAAUGCCCUGAGGAAGUUUUAGACUGUACCAUUUGAAGACCUUUAAUUGUAUGACUGUGAUUACUCCAGUUCAGCUUCUUCAGAUAAUCUUUUGGUUACUUUAUGGUCUAGAUCAGUGUUGUUUUAUUUCUUCUUAAUGUUCCAAUAAACAGUCCUUGCUGUCUCUAAAAGGAGACUACACAUUUGCAUAAAGGAAGAAGUUCAACAUUGUAGCAGUAUCACCUGCUGCUGCCUUUUAAAUAAACCCAGUUUUGAAAGUGGAAGUGGGGCUCCAUAGGGUUACUUUUCUGUCAGCCCAAACUUUGUCCAUGUGCAAUCUCUACCCAACAUGAAUAAUAGCAUUAGAAAAAACAUCUUUGCAAACACCACUGUCUACUCUUCAGAAAACACAAGCUGGUUUAGUGGAAGAGCCUAAGGUUGAAUUCUGGGGAGAACAAUAGGAUGAUAUUGUAGAACCUGGAACCAUGAUUAAGGGCUAGAAUGUGGACUUGGCAAAAGGUUCAGAUUUCUGAACUGCUGUGUUGUGGAUUUCAGCUAGCUGCUGAACUUCCUGCCACUUGAAAAGUGGUGUAAUGAGGACAACUGCCUGCAGCAUAUUCAAAUGGGAAAUUGAGCAGGUAUCAGCCUCCUGAAAUACACUGUUCCCUGUGCUCUUGCUUAUAGCACAAACCUUUCAGCACUUAACCUGGGUACCCUGUCCUCUCUGCGUGGUUUUAUUGAGCUUGUUUGCUGCUGAGUGGAGUUGACUGCUACUUGCUGCGGUCCUGCAGCUCAUUCUGAAAUUUCUCCUUCAUGUCUACUAAGGUGACCAUGAGAUACAGGAAUAAGAAUGCUGCAGGGAACUGGAUCACAGUUCAGCUAGCACAGUGGCUGUUCUAUAUCAGGUACACCUGUAACACUGACAGCCUGUUACAGAAAAUGGAGAAGGACGUGUGGAAUAGUAGGUUGUGGGAUGUUCUACCUCUCUGUUAGGUCUUCUGCUCACUAGAAUUGAAGCAUUCUAUGGUUUAGUAACUUGUCAUUAAUAGCUCUGGAGAUUCCUGUUCUUAAA